UGCACUUUUUUCACACGGAAAGAGAUUCUUAGGUUGCAUGGACGAUACCAUGAACUAGCUCCACAUUUAGUACCAAUGGAUUACACUAACAAUCCUGAUGUUAAGCUUCCCUUAGCACUCAUCAUCAACAUGCCGGAGCUGAAGGAAAACCCUUUCAGAAAUAGAAUUGUGGAAUCAUUUUCUGAGGAUGGUUUGGGGAACAUCAGUUUUAAUGAUUUUGUAGACAUGUUCUCAGUACUCAGCGAAACAGCUCCAAGAGAACUGAAGGCCAUUUAUGCCUUCAAAAUAUAUGAUUUCAACACGGAUAAUUUCAUCUGUAAGGAGGACCUGGAGAAAACACUGAAUAAGCUGACAAGAGAGGAGCUCACGCCAGAGGAAGUGAAUCUUGUUUGUGAGAAAGCCAUUGAGGAGGCUGACAUGGAUGGGGAUAACAAACUUUGUUUCACUGACUUUGAAAACAUGAUCUCCAGAGCUCCUGACUUCUUAAGCACCUUCCAUAUACGAAUCUGA